AUGGCUGCAUCCGAAGACUACGUAGACGAUGACGUCCCAUCUGUAACGCCAUCAACAUCUUUCAUCUCGCCGAUAUCAUCACCUCUCAUCUCUUCAUCGUCAUCUUUAAUAAUCUCCACACUCAAAACCACACUGAGCACCAUCCUGGACUCAUCCACCGCACCUUCCAUCAUUCCAUCAGUUGGUGAUAGUGAGGGAAGCGAGAGUGGGGUCGUGAUCGGAGGUCACCAUGAGGUCAAGGUUGCGGAUGACUGGCCGUGGAUUCUUCAGUAUGUCAAAGGUUUGAUACAGGAUCCAUUUUAUUUCAGCCUUUUCUGA